AUGUCUGUGACUGGCGCUCAUGCAUGCAUUGCACCUAAGCUGGAUGCGAUUUUACAUCGUGGUUCUCUUCUGACCAAGGUGACCAAGCAUAAGACAAAGAUGGUAACAUUUUUUCUCGAUUUACAUUCCGCCAAGGUUUAUUGGGAUUUGUCAAAUCCAACCAAAAGACUUUAUAUCGACGAUAUUAAACAAAUACGCACAGGUCUAGAUGCUCGUAACUAUCGGGAGGAGCAUGACAUUCCUGAAAAUCUUGAAAACCUGUGGUUCACGAUUAUUUUCACAAAUCCAGAGCAGUCCAAAAAUAAGCCCAUCAAAACCCUGCAUCUUAUCGCCCCGAAUAAAGCUACUUUCGAACUGUGGACAAACACCCUGGAAGGUAUCUCUAGAUAUCGUAUCGGUCUUAUGGCUGGAUUGGCUGGUUCUCAGAGUGAGACUGUUCUAAAAGCUCACUGGGGGCGUGAAAUUUCUAGGCGGGUGCUAGAGCCUGGUGAAGAAUCACUUGACCGGAACGCUAUUGAGAACCUCUGCCAAAGUUUACAUAUCAAUUGCUCGAAAAACAUGCUGCGGGCUCAGAUCACAAAAGCAGAUACGGAGCGAACAGGUCGUCUAAACUUUGCGCAAUUUAAAGAUUUCCUUCAACGGCUGAGGGACCGCAAAGACAUCCGGGAAAUAUUUCGUUCUGUCGCAGCAGAUCCUGUUCAAGGGCUAACAUUGGACGAGUUCCUCCAUUUCCUUCGCGAGGUUCAAUGCGAAAAUGUGGAAGGUGCUAGGAACUACUGGUGCUCCACCUUUGAAUCAUUCAUGCUCGGAUGGACUUGGAUGCUUUCUCAGCGUUUUUAA